AUGGAUUUGCUUCUGAAGCUCGAUUUUAUUGAGGGUAGUGAUCCAAUGAUUAGAGAUGGUAAAAGGUCAAUUACCAGAGACUUGAUUGGAUUCAUGGACCUUGUUGAUGGAUUUUCUGUGAAAAGGAAUGAGCUUUCCAGCAGAGUAGGGAAGAGUGUUAGAUAUGCUGGGAGUGAUAACAACCCUAGGGUUUCUCAUAGUGAGAAGAGAGUGGGUGCUGUUGAAUGUAAGGAUUUUGGAAGUGAUAAAAGAAUAUUGCUAGAGAAAAUUAGGGGUCAAGUUGAAAAGAUUCAGCGGUUCUCUAGGGCUUCUCAGGAUGAUGAUGAGAAUGUUAUGGAACUUGAAAAUUCCAAAAUUUUCGUAAAUGGAAAAUAUGGGGUUUCUCCAAAUAGAAGAGGGGUUUUUGUAAAAAGGCAUGGUGAGCUUGAAGCCAAAGUGAGGAGAAGUGUGAACUUUGCAGAGAAUGGGAAUGUGCAUAGGAUUAUUAGCAGCAGCGGUGAAGCCGGUGAGCCUGUUUUAAUUGGAGAUUGUAAUAGCAGUGAUGGGAGUGAUUCUGUCGAUGCUGAGAGAGUGUUUGUGGACAAUCUGGGUAGAGAGAUUGAAGAAAUUAGGGUUUCUUCCAAGAAGAUAGGAUGA